GGCUUUUGAGCAAAACCUUCAAUCUAUGGAGUAUUUUUCAGUACGUAAUUCGAUUAUAGCUCUUAAUACAGUAGUAUUGUAUUUCCCAGCUAUCGAUACAUUUGGUAAGAAACUUCAGGAAGAUAUUGAUAAAAUUGUAAAGAACGGAGACCGGAGCGACAUUCGAACUUUGGCCCUAAGCUACUCAGCGAUAUUAAAAGGGAAACAACAAUCCUGGGUUUCUGUCCGAUCUUUCCAGAAAGCAAAGAAUUCCCCUGCCAUGGACUCAGCACAACAUGACGAAAAAGGAUCAAAGCAUGAUGAAAACCUUGAAAAAGGGCCACAAAAGCGCGAUGAAAGGUCAGAUAAAGGGUCUGCAUCUCCUGCACAAAGGGCUGCUCAAUCUCCAGUAGUUGCACGUUCGGGUCCUUUAUCAAACGUACGAGGCGCACAUCCAUCCUCUCCUUCGUAUUUAACUACUCGAGCCAGUCCACGGAUGCAAAUACAUCCAUUGCCCGAUAAACCUAUUAAACAGGAACGCGGACAAAUUCGUGAUAAAGAGCAUGAGAGAGAGAAGGAACAUGAGAGAGAUCGUGCCAAAGAUAGAAAAGAUAUGCAGAUUGAGCGUGAUAAAGAGAUCAAGAAAGGCGAUCAUCAUGAUAGAGACAAGGAGAUUUCCAAAAAAUUGGAUCAUUAUGAUCGUGAUAAAGAACGAGAACAGGAAAGGGAUCGCAAACAAGAAAUUUCACGUAGUGGUGAUGAUAAAAAGGAUCCAUUGAUCCGCAAUAAAGAAAGAUUAAUGAAUGAAGAUCCAAAUAAAAGAACUGAUCAUCGUCUUCGUGAUCGUGACGAUAAAAUUAAGGAAAAAGAACGUGACAAGCGUGAUGACAGACGAGAAGAACGUCGUGAUAAAGCGAAAGAAAAAGAACGUGACAAAUCCAGGGAACGUGAACGGCUGGAUGAAGAUAGGGAUAGGCGUGAAAGUGAUCGUGGCAAAAGAAAACACGCAGAAGAGCCUACAAUCAGGCGUUCACGUGACAAUAUGAUGACCCAGAGAUUCGUAAGUAAGAAAAGAGAUCGAACUGAAAGAGAUCGCGACAGCGAACUUGAACAAAUUCCUUCAAAUAAGAGGAGGAGUAUCGAAGGUAUCUCUCCAGUUCUUCGUCCACCCGUUAAACUUAAUCGUGCUAUGGAACAUAACGACUUUAUUGCUCCAAUGCCAGGCAAAUCAAUUGGUGGAAAGCGAAAUGAUAAACGAGACACUCGAAGAAG